ACCAUUUCCAAGCGCAAGCACGAUUAACAUUGCGUCGGAGUUCCAGCAUAUUCUCCCUCAGAAACCCAAUUUCUGAUCAAAUUCCGAGGGACCCAGAUGGAGAAUAACAUUAAUAAUAAUUUGAAAGAGAUUUUCUCAGAGAAUCAUCAACCUCUCCAGAUUGACGCUGGAGUUCUUCAGUACCAGAACCAGAAACUUCUUCAGGAGAUAGACAAGCAGAAGCAAGAAUUGCAUGAUCUCGAGGCAAAGAUAAAAGAUUUAGAAGACAAGCAAGGUUCUUAUGAUGACAUGUUGAUUACAGUGAAUCAACUAUGGAAUCAGCUGAUUGAUGAUUUAACGCUUCUGGGAGUAUGCGCAAGCGGGGACCAAAAUGCCUUAGAGAAUUUGGAUCGUGCUGAUAAGUCUCGAGGUUCAAUUCCAUCGUGCCCCGUUGAGGACAUUUUUCUUUGUAGACUCCUGCAAAAAGAUUCCAUUGAAGCUAAUGGUAGUGCCGACAUCAUAAAGUAUGUUGAGGAGGCCCUUUUUUUGCGCCACGCAUCUACUCGGGUGUUGUUACCACUCAUAGAAGAUAGUGUUAAUUCUCAGAGGGUGAAAACGGAGAGUGUAGCUCGCGCUUUGAACGGAAAUAUAUCUUUAGAAGAUGCCAUCAUUGAACUAUCUAAGAUUGAUGAUAUGAUGAAAGAGGAGACUAACAAUUUGCGUGCUGUGAUUGAUGUUCUUCAUGCAAAGCAUAAAGAAUAUGCUGAUCAGAUUGCAACUUAUAAUAGCAGUCAUUCCACUGAUCAAUCUGAAAUAAAACGACUUGCCGGUGAGCUGGAUGAUACUAUGGCUGAACUCGAGGAGUGUCGGAGAAAACUCAUUAAUUUGAAAAUGCAAAAAGACGUGGCAUCUGGUAUGCAUUUCCCUUCUUCUGGAGCAGCAAAUGGAAACUUAUCACCUGAAAAGUCUGCGGAGAGGACAAUAAGCAUGCGAGAUUUGAAGAAUUCCAUUGAAGAAACAAAGAUGCUUGCCACAAACCGUCUUUCCGAGCUUGAAGAGGCACAAGAAGAAAACCUAUCAUUGUCUAAACAAUUGGAGGAUCUUCAGAAUGAGUUAAAUGAUGACAAAUAUGUGCGCUCAUCUCGACUUUACAUUAUGCUGAAUGAUCAACUCCAACAUUGGAACUCUGAACUGGAGCGAUAUAGAGCAUUGGUUGAUGCUUUGCAGGUUGACAGAUCAAUUGUUGUCAGAAGGGAGAAGGAACUGAAUGCCAAAGUAGAGUCGGCUGAGGCUGCAAGGAAUUCCAUUGACAAUGCUGAUUCUAGAAUCGUUGAACUUGAGCUCCAGCUGCAGAAAUCUAUUACUGAAAAGAAUGACCUUGAGAUUCAAAUGGAAGAAGCUAUCCAGGAUUCAGGGAGGAAGGACGUUAAAGCAGAGUUUCGUGUAAUGGCCUCAUCUUUGUCCAAGGAAAUGCAAAUGAUGGAAGCUCAAUUGAAGCGAUGGCAGGACACAGCUCAUGAAACGCUUUCCUCCCUACGUGAAAAAUCCCAAUCUUUGAGAAUUUUGUUAAGUAGGAAGACAAAUGAACAGAAGAACUUAGUAGACAAAUGUGCUGAACAGGGGUUGGAGAUCAAGUCUCUCAAGGCGUUGAUUGAAAAGUUGCAAAAGGAAAAACUGGAACUGCAAAUUUUCUUGGACAUGUAUGGACAGGAAAGUAGUGACAACAGGGGCUUAAGGGAAAUCAAAGAAUCAGAACAAAGAGGUCACUCUCAAGCUGAAGUACUGAAAAAUGCUUUGGAUGAACAUAGUCUAGAGUUGAGAGUGAAAGCUGCCAACGAAGCUGAAGCUGCGUGUCAAUUAAGGCUUUCAGCUACUGAAGCUGAGAUAGCUGAUUUAAGAGCCAAACUUGAUUUGUCAGAGAGGGAUGUUCUGGAGCUUACCGAGGCCAUUAAAAUUAAAGAUUUGGAAGCAGAUGCUUAUAUAUCCGAAAUUGAGACCAUUGGUCAAGCUUACGAGGAUAUGCAGACACAGAACCAGCAUCUGCUGCAGCAGGUGACAGAGAGGGAUGACUAUAAUAUUAAGCUCGUCUCCGAAAGUGUGAAGACAAAACAAGCACAGAGCUCUUUACACUCUGAGAAGCAGGCAUUGACAAAGCAACUUCAACAAAUUAACACUUUAUUAGAUUCUUUAAGAAUGAGAAUUUCUCAUGGCGAAGAGCAGAUGAAGGCUCUUCUGACUGAAGCAAUCAAAUGUACAGAAGAAGAGAGACACCUUGCAGUCAACCUAGAAACUGCAAAGUGGGAAUUAGCUGAUGCGGAGAAGGGGGUGAAGUGGUUCAGAUCUGCUCUCUCUUCUUCUGAAAAGGAAUACGAACAAAUUCAGCAGGUUCAGCAGGAUAUUGACGAUAUUCAAAUUGAGUUGGACAAUGAAAGAAGCUCUAGGAAAAUCCUCGAGGAAGAGCUCGAGGAACUAAAAACAACUGUUGCUGAGAUGAGUUCUGAAACUGGGGAGGCUGCAGUUCAGAAACUUCAAGAGGAAAUUAAGUUUUGCAAGUCUAUCUUACAGUGUCUCGUUUGUCGCGAUAGGCCAAAGGAGGUUGUAAUUGUUAAGUGCUAUCAUCUAUUCUGCAAUCAUUGUAUCCAAAAGAAUCUCGAGAUCCGCCAUCGUAAGUGUCCUGCAUGUGGAACUGCAUUUGGUCAAAACGACAUUCGGUUUGUAAAGAUAUGAAGAAAUAUUCACAUUUACUGUAGUUAGUGUUUAGAUAAUAGAUUUUCCUCCAGAAGAAAGUAAAGAAGGUAAAAUAGGCUCAAAUGCCAACUCCACCCCUCAAAGGAUUACUUGACACCUGGGUAUAUCCCUCAAAAAGAGUCUCCGACUCCAGGCUACACUCAGGAAACUUGUAAACAGUGUUGAAAUUUUAGUUUAGUUACAUUUUAACUAGCCAGUUUUGCGGCUCCGACUCUUUGUAUUUCUGUGGUGAUGCUUUGUGUGUAAAUAUUAAAUGACCGUGAUGUUUAUUUCCCGUAUUUUAGUUUCU